UGCUGUAAGCCACAGGAGGGGACGAAUGCUCUUUGUGAUCGAAUCCUGCGUGUGGGUUUCUCACAGGCAUCUGGUUGGUCAACUGAACAGGAUGCUGGACCAGAUGGGCCGCUGGCCAGAUCCAGCAGGCUCUUGUUAUUUUCAUAUGUUUCUCCUAAUGUCCAGCCGAAUGCUCAUGAGAGCCGCAAGAAAGGUUUAUACCAUCAACUUAGAAUCUCGAUAUUUGUUAAUACAAGGUGUGCCUGCCCUGGGUGUUAUGAAGGAAUUAGUUGAGCAAUUUGCAUUGUAUGGAACCAUUGAAGAAUAUAACCCACUAGAUGACUAUCCAGCAGAAGAGUUUACAGAAGUUUACCUGAUCAAGUUCCAAAAAAUACAGAGUGCAAGGAUAGCCAAAAGAAAACUGGAUGAACGGAGUUUCUUUGGUAGUUUGCUGCAUGUGUGCUAUGCUCCAGAAUUUGAAACUAUACAGGAGACUAGAGAGAAACUCCAAGACAGGAGGAAGUAUAUAGCAAAAGCAACUAGUAGCAAAGAUCAACUGCAGGUAAAGAAUUCCAGUACAGGUUUUCAGAAGGCUGUGCAGCUAGAUGCUUCUGGAUCUUGUACAUCUCAGGCAGCCACUAGUAACUGGAAUCAAUCUGUACAUCUUUGUAAUCCUCAGCAAUCAUCCGACUAUGAAUUGCCACUGAGAAGUGUAACAUCUCCUUUAGGACAGCAAUGUCAGAGCAUGUUAGCAGCACCUCGGAAUGUUAGAGACUGUGCUGAAGCAGCUGAGUGUUCAGGCCAGAGGAUGCUAAUGGCUCAGGGCUUGCAGCAAGGAGUUCACAAUACAUUAACUCACUGCAACCUGCAAAGAAAGGUUCCUUGUACUAAUGGACUUGGCAGAUUUAUGCCUCGAACAACUCAGCUGCAGGAACGAAAGAGGAGACGAGAUGAAGACAACAAACUUGCCCUUUUUGGAAAAGACAUCAGUAGUGAAGAAAUAAUUGGUCCAAAGUUACCAGAAACACCUAAAAUAGACAUGGAGGAUGAGUCAUUGAACACCUCAGCAAACUUGAUUCGUAAUAAACUAAAAGAGGUUGUGGUUCCUGUUCAGACUCCAGUUCAAACUCCAGAUCUAUCUGGUGCAAUAUCAGUGAAUAGACAAGCAAAGCCAACAUUAAAGCAAAGACGACGAAUAUAGUUCUUACUGGAAGUAUGGCUUGAUCUGGCAGAAUUAAAGUAUUUUUGUACAUUUUAUUUAAUAAACUUAGCAAUUAUGCUGAAAUUCAACU